GUCUUAAGCUGUUCGAAAUCUCGUUGAUGACCAUAUAGAUGGUUAUUUUCUUCUUCCCUUUAUUUUGUUUUGCACUUGUCGCCGCCCAUUUUGAUCUCUAUUGCAUCGAAUGGAAAAGGGUAGCCUGGUUAGGCUUGACCCACAAAACGAUCCGUGCUCAGCGCCUGCACCACCAUCGUUGUUGCACCUUUCAUCAAGAUUUUCGAGCCGGGUCAAGCUAUAACAAACCACAACAAGCCACAACCCAAACACAUAGGCUACGCUAUCUUGUCUUUCAUCCAUACGAAUUAAUACGUCAAACUCAAGGUCUAAGGCAAAAUGCCCCGGAAGAAUAAAACUGUAGCCUCUGCUGCAGCAAACCGCGAGGCCCAGCGCAGGUCCAGAGCCCGGCGGCAAGACCUGAUUGCGGAUCUACAGAGUCGAUUGAAAGAGUACGAGUGUGUUUGUCGAAUGGCGAGGCU